CCCAGUGGUUCGGCCCCGCGGCUUCCUUCUCCAUUGGGCGUGGAGCCGUGGCGCAGUUCGCCGUCUGCGCCGCGGGCCGACGCUGACGCAGCUGCGCGCCAAGCAUGCCGCUCACCCUGGAGCAGCUCGAGGAGAUCCAGGCGGACGCGUUGGCCGAUGACGUCCCCAUCGAUCUGCCUCGGAUGCGGCUCUGGGACCGCGACAAGGCGGUCACUUUCUUUGAGGGCGGCGGCGUGCUGCCGCCCUCGCCGCUGCUCGUCGCGCUCUACUCCGCCGGCCUCACUCCCUCGCAGGGACGCAGCCUGCUUGGCCGCGUGCUUGCCGCGGCCAGGGCGGCCGGCGUCGAGGACUCACUCGUCCUCGAUCACCACACCUCGCACCCGGCGUGCAAGACCUUUGACGAGUACAUCGCCGCCCUCGCCGCUCAAGUGGAGGAGGCGGCGGGGAGCGCUCGGCCGGUGGUGCUGCUCGCCCAUUCGCACGGCGCGGUCGCUGCGUACGGUCUCGCGCGCGCCCUCGGCCCGCGCGUGCGCAAGCUGCUUGUGGUGGCGCGCAGGCCGCCGCAUGGGCCUCAGUCGCUGCUGCUGCAGGAGGUGUGGGGCGUUUGCUCGGCGGGCGAGUUCGUGGCGCUGCCCGGGCCGGCGAUCCUCAGCGGGCUCGUCGCGGCGUACCGGUCGAGCUCGCUCGCGCCGCACGCCCGCUCGCCCGAGGCGGCUUGGCCUCCGCCCGUCACAGAGACGGUGGGCCUCGCGCGUGAGCUGUACGGCUCGCCAAUCGCCCUCUGCGCUGAGGCGGACAUCGUCGCCGCGCUCGGCAGCGUGGAGCCACCCUCGCCGCCGCCGCUCGCCCUGCCGAUCGUCGCGCUCGCCGCGGCGGGCGAGGCGCCCGCCGGAGAGACGGGCGCCAAGAUGCGCGGUUGGGCGAGCCUGACGCGUGGCCGCUUUGCGCUGCACACCGUGGCCAACGCCGACCACAUGGGCGUCAUCCUGAACAAGGAGGCGCAUCGGAUGCUCGUGGAGGAGGUGCUGGAGGAGAGCUAGGGAGCGUAGACGGGGCGCUGCGCGCUACGCGCGCCCGCCGCCCCCACCCCUUGUAUUUUGCUCGUUACCUAAAGCCGACGUGCGGUCC